GCUGGUUUUAAGGCCAAGAUGCGCCUCGCGAUCCGGGGUUGCUAUGGGGACGUGUGUUUACUAAGUGAGAGGGACCGGUGCAGAAACACACAAAGACGUCAGGAUGUCGGAAGAGAUCGUGAACUUCUCCGCCCUGGAGCGCGAGCUGCAAGGUGCCCUCGAGGCAGACAGGAAGUACCAGAGAGAAAAUGACGCAAAGUUUCGAGCUUUGCACCAGAAAGUUGGAUCAUACGAAGAGUUUAGAGACAUUGUCCAGGCCUCUCACCUAAGACCUCUGGACAAGAAGGACAAGGCAGGGGGUCCUCGCAAGCAACCUUGGAACUCCCUGGCCUCUUCCACCUCCUGCUCUUCCUCCUACUCUUCCACCGACACACACAGUCAGCAACACGACCUCCCCACCAUGCUGAGUUCAGAGUGCGCCCUCCCCCAGACCCUGCCCAGGACCACGUCUGAGCUGAGCAGGUGCUGGCGUCAGCUGGCUGGAGCCUCCAGGGGGCGCUACAGGCUGCUGCUGGCUGUAGGAGGGCCGGCCCUCAGGGACAUUUUCAGGGCAGAGGUCGGCUUCGGACUGCUAGGUGAGUUCCUGGUGGUUUUGUGUGAGGGUCUUCAGCCUGGUGAUGAGGGCAGGGUGACUGAGGUCUUGGAAGGACUGACCCAGACCCCCCGCUUUUCCCUCAACCUGGCCUUACUCAGCCCCUCUGAGAGGGGCGCCUGUGAGAGGCUGCUCCCCCUGCUGGCCACAUCUGCUCAGCGCCGCCGGGGGCAGCGCGGGAGGAGCGGUGAUGUGGGAGGUGACGGCGGGGGAGAGGAGAAAGGGAAAAAAGGAGAGGAAGGGAAUAUUGAUGAUGCUGAGGAGCAAAGAGGGGGGCCCCUGUUGCCCCUCCUCCUGCCCCUCCUCCUGCCCCUCCUCCUGGCUGGGGCGUUCGAGGCCCCUGAGGACCGGGAGAACGUCUUCACGCAUCGCGCCUGCCCGGCCUUCCUGGUGUUUGACAACGCGGCCUACCUGGCUGGCAUGACCCUGGAGCUGCCCUGCCACUGCAAGCCGGAGCAGGCCCUGGAGGUGGUGUGGUACUACCAGAGAGAGCUGGGGGACCGUGGAGCCACCAAGGUGCUCACAGACCUGCAUGGCACCGCCCUGGUCGAUUCCCAGCAGGUGGGCCGAGGGGGGGACAUGCGUGGGCGCUUCUCCAUCCGUCUGUUCAGCCUGCUGGUGUUCAGGGCCCAGACGGAGGACUCAGGGCACUACCUCUGUGGCACCGCCGCCGGAGACUUCUUCUAUGGUUACGACGUGGACGUGCAGGAGGCCCAGGGGGUGGUCCUCCAAGGGAGGGAGACCAGGCAGCGACGCCUGCAGCUGAAGAAGAAGAACACGCCUCAGAACCACCCGGCUCCACCACCCUCCGUACUGCGUCCACAUGGUUAUCUAAAUGUGUUCACCAGCUACCGGCCCUGGUCCCUGUGUGACCGCUGUGGCCAGGCCGGGGAGCAGACCAGAGUCGGGCUGUGCUACGUCCGCAGCCCCUACCUCCACGUACGUUACCGGGGCAAAGACCCCAACGUGGUCUCCUGUCACUCGGGGGCCGUCCCCCAGAGGUUGGGCCUGACCCGAGAGGGAGGAGGACCCCCCCUGGGAGCCACGCUGGGGGUGCGGAGCUGCACGGUCCCCUGCCCCCCCCCCAGGCCCCCUCCACCCCCCCAGAAGCUGGCCCUGUUGAAGUUCCUGGGCUACGGUCAGAAGCAAGGACCCAGUGACUCCAUUCCCAUCUACCACUACAACCACCCAGCCUCCACCCCCCUGGUCCUGUCCUGCCCCGGGGCUGGUCCCCAGCACGCCGUGGCCUGGGACAUGGGCUCCUCCCCCAUCUACCGCUUCCAGCACUUGGAGGGGCUCCACCUGGCAUCCCCGCGCCUGUUCAUCGACCCAGGUCACCACCUCCACCUGAACCCCGCCCUCCAGGAAGACUCAGGGUCGUACUACUGCUGGCUGCAGGGCCGCAGAGCUGCGGAGAUCAGGCUGGUGGUGUACCUGGGUUUAGGGCACCGCCUCGGACUGUCCGACCCAGCCAGGGCUGAGGCUCUCUGGGUCAUCCUGCUCUGCUACGCAGGCCUGACAGGAGCCUUCACCCUGGUGCUGCUGGGCAGAACGGCCCUCAGGCCCACGCCACACCAGUAUUAG